AUGGAGAUGAAAGAUUUCAUAGCAAAGUUCAAACUCGGAGAUUGGCCGAUCAACUACCAAGGGGUCCUAGAACGGUCUAUAUCCGUGAAAUGGUGGAAUCCCUAUGACUUGCUUGGCCUAUUCAUAAGCAUCCUAGGUCCUGCUCCAGGAACGGCUAAUAGGAACAACUAUUUCAAGCCCCUAAUUGCAGUCUAUGCGCGGUGGUGUUCGCGCAUCGCGGGUUACGCGAGUAAGUGGAAACCCCCUGGUGAUGGUGCGGGAUUCUGGCCUUUUAUGUUCCAAGCCACAUGGAAACCAGUGGGCGAUAAAAAAUAUUUCUUCCUUGGUGGCUCUAUAGCAGGUGAUAAUUGGGAUCCGAACGAGGUUGGGCAAUGGAAACAGGAAGUGCAGCGCCAGCGAUUCUAUAUGUUUCAUGAUUCUUUGAUGAGGGUCGACAUUUUUAAUCGGGAUUCCUUCGAUAAACCACCUGUGAAAUUAGAUACAUAUCGUCUUCCGAACCAUUCGUUCGGCAACUGUGGAGAGACAUACCCCUUUAUCUUCAACAUUCGCAGUACUCGCUCCGAUAACCGAACUCUGGAAGGCCUCGCUCUUUGUCGGGACUUUAUGAUGAGCCAGAGCUUGGAUUCAUAUGACAAAUAUUUGGAAGCUAAAAAGAACAGACUUUGUGGACCUUGUGGCAACUCAAGCUUGACUGCAAAGAAGCCGCAAGGAAUAACCGUCGAGCGAAAAGAGGCGAUAGCAACCCAUAUGGCUGCUAUCACCGAUCCACCUGAGGGAUGGUCUAUCAAUGUCGAUGAUUUGGACCGCGACUAUUACUGGGGACCCGAUGGCGACGGUACGAGGGCUGCCCAGCAAGUUGGCUUGACCGGCAUGAAGGAGCUCAUGGUUGUCGAGCCCGACAGCGGCGGAGACUCAUAUAUGUUCACCGCAUCUACUGGAAAAAUUUAUUUGUGUUCGUGGUUAGGUGCCAAAGUACUAUUCAAUAAUAAUGGCAUCAUUUACUUUAACCUUCCCUCCCCCCUCGUUGAACUUCUUGCGUUGGUUCUAUUUUACUUAGCUAAUCGCGACAUCAAGAACUUGCGGCUAACUGGUGCCUUCUUCCGAGAUACUGCUCAUGUAUGCCUCACUCGAGUUUUUCUACCCGCCAAUCCCCUAAAUAUCAGCAUCUUUCGCGCCAUUAUCGAUCAUGAAAUAUUGUGUAGGGGGGUUAGGGAGAUCAUUUGGGACGAUACGCGUUUGGCUUCACGAGACGAUUAUUUUGACUCGGGCUUUGGUGAAGACUUUGAGGCGGAUGACAAAAUUCCUUUUUAG